AAUGUGUACAUUUGCAUGUGUGUUUUUGGUAAAUCUGACACAUUUAUCGACCUUAUUUUCAGACAGUUGCGUACAGUAUCCUAUGGGAUUUAAAGUUUUUGAUGAGGAACAUGGCUCUGGGCGGUGGACUGCUGCUCCUCCUGGCUGAGUCACGGUCAGAUGGCAAGAGCAUGUUUGCAGGUGUGCCCUCGAUGGGCGAGAGCGAGCCAAAACAGUACAUGCAGCUGGGCGGCCGAGUGCUGCUCGUCCUCAUGUUCAUGACGUUACUGCACUUCGACUCCAGCUUCUUCUCGAUCCUGCAGAACAUGGUGGGUACAGCGCUCAUCAUCCUGGUGGCUGUCGGCUUCAAGACCAAACUGGCCGCCCUCACCUUGGUGGUGUGGCUCAUGGCCAUCAACGUGUACUUCAACGCCUUCUGGACUGUACCCACCUACAAAUAUAUAUAU